AUGUGCUGCCGCCGCGUCCGCCGCCACCGCCGCCGCCGCCGCCGCCCAGACACGAGCCUUCCGAGCGCCGCGCAGAAUGAGAUGAUGACCGGACUCAGCACCACGAAAUUCGGCUCUCAGGAAGCCCUGGCGCGCCCUCCCCCCCUCCCCGGUCUGGUAGGGCGAAGGAGCGGGCGCGCGGUCGAUCGAGCGAUCGGUUGGCGGCUCUUUCUCCUGCUCUGGCAUCCAGCUCUUGGGGCGCAGGCCCGGCCGCCGCGGCGCGCGCCCGGUGGCCGUUGGCGCUCGCGCCGAGUCUUUCUUCUCGUACGCAGAACUCGGGCGGCGGCCUAUGCGUUUGCGAUUCGACGAGGAGUCGUCCGGGUGGUUGGUGGUGGCGGGCAGCUGCUCCGCCCCGCUCCCGGGGAGGCGGCGGCGGGACUUGGCGCGGCCGGGGAAGCGGGGGCGGCCGGGGCCGGCCUGGAGGCCUGGCGCCACCCUUCGGGGCCUACAAGGACCCAGUUGGAGGGACAGGAAGGUGCUGGGGGAUGGUUGGUGGUGGGCUUCCUACUUUGCCUUUUCCUCCUUAUGCCGCCUUAGUGAGAGGCGGGAGCUCUGGCGGCGACUCCGGGCUGGGAAACAGGCUCCGGAGUCGGAAGAGCUGGGUUUGCUUCCGGGCCUAGCCACCAGCUGGCCGAGUGACCUUAG